UGAAACCGACCUCGUCAUCAUUUCAACUUGGUAGUUGAAUGUUGAAAUUUUUCGUUCGUAAAAAUUGUGACGGAAAAAAUUAUUGUGAAUGUAAUUAGUGGAAAAAAUUGCGUUAGUUUAUUCAAUUCGUUGUAAUAUUUGACAAUCUAUUACACCAGUUGGAACUUGCUGUUGGUAUGUUGAACUCCCAUGCAUCGUUGAUUCGCAGCGCAGUCCAGUGUUAGCAACUGCAUUUCUGGGUUAAUCAGCUGGCGGCAGCGCUUCUACGCUGACAAAGGACCACUUCUGAGUGCCGGGACCGACCAUGAGCUCGCGUCAUAAAAAAUCCAAAAAAUGCCGAGGAGACGCGCCGGUUUUAGUUUCGCCUCCGCCAUUACCAUCUCUGUACGCUGAUAACUCGGACGUAAAACCUCAUUUUAAAAACGCCUUCGAAACACUAUCCGAUAGCGAUGACGACGAAGACAUCAAAUCCACAUCAUCAGGAUCGGCGAAUGGUCGUUUCAACGACACGACUGUCGAAGAUCUAAAUCAUUGGGGACUGCAGGACAGCGAUACCGAUAUGAAGAAUGACUCUUGUUCGUCUCCGCCGCAAAUCGAGGUCAUCAGCUCGAAGAAAUCGAAGAAAAGGAAAACCAUCGAGUUGACCGACGACGAUUACAGACCGGCUAAGAAAAAGAAAAAGGAUAAGGAGAAAGAUGAAGAUCAGGACGCGGUGUUCAGCAGUCAAGCCGAAAAAAUGAUGAAAAUGAUGGGUUAUAAAAAAGGCGAAGGUUUAGGUAAACAUGGCCAAGGCAGAGUGGCUCCGGUAGACGCAUCCAAACAUAAAGGUAGACGCGGUCUAGGUCUGCAGAUAGCCGAAGUUGAUCGCGAUCUCAUCCAAUACAAUGCGGAAGAAGAGAUCUACACGGUCCAUGAAGAAGUUCAGUGGCUAUACGGUGUCGAAGAAAUGCAACUAUCCGAUAUCGAUCUGAGAGAAUGGAUCGUUCAUGGCAAGAAGAAACGAAUCCUCGAUGACGAGACUCACUUCUGCGACGCGAGUGUUCUCAAACAAGUGCUCAUCUGUAAGACUGCUUUCGAUAAAAUGGGACCGGAAGAGAAACGAAGAGCUAGAUCGAGAUCGAAUCCGUACGAGUUGAUUAAAAAAGGUCCUUUCUUGAAUCGAGCCGCUAUGAAGAUGGCCAACAUGGAUAACGUAUUCGAUUACAUAUUUACCAAUCCUGUAGACGAGUAUAGGAAUCCAAUGGUCGGUGAGCACCAGCUUUUGUACUUUGCCGAUGUCUGCGCCGGUCCUGGCGGAUUCUCGGAGUAUGUCCUUUGGAGGAAGAAGUGGCAAGCCAAAGGGUUUGGAUUCACGUUGAAAGGAGACAACGAUUUUAAACUAGAAGAUUUUUAUGCUGGUCCUUGCGAAUCAUUCGAACCUUUUUAUGGCGAAGCCGGCGAUGGCGACGUAUACAAAUCAGUAAACAUAAGAAGCUUCAAAGAGCACGUCCUCAAACACACCGACUACGAAGGCGUCCAUUUCAUGAUGGCCGACGGUGGAUUCUGCGUCGAAGGCAACGAAAACAUACAAGAAAUACUUUCAAAACGAAUUUACCUUUGCCAGUGCCUAGUUGCGUUAUCUAUAGUUCGAAAAAAUGGACAUUUCGUGUGUAAACUGUUCGACGUAUUUACACCGUUCAGCGUCGGUAUCAUUUACCUGAUGUACAACUGUUUUAAGAAGAUCUCUAUUCAUAAACCGAACACCAGUCGACCGGCUAAUUCCGAAAGGUAUAUUAUUUGCAAAUGGAGGAACGACAACGUCGAUUUCAUCAGAGAUUAUAUGUACUAUGUGAACGAAUUACUGGACCAGUGCGGCGAGUCGAACGAUGACGAUAUUAGCGAAUUAGUUCCUCUGGCUGUGAUGAAGGAUGAUGUGAAUUUCUACGAUUAUAUCGUGAAAUCGAAUAAUUGUCUCGGCAAACGUCAAAUCAACAGCUUGGCGAAAAUCGUCGAAUACAGCGAAGAUGAAACGUUGGUCGAAGAGAAACAAAAUCAGCUGAAGAAAGACUGCAUGGAUGCGUGGGAGAUACCGAUAAAAGCGCGUAGAGAACCGUCUCGAGAACAGCCCGAGUUCCUCUGCAGGAAGUUACUGGAAAACGACAGUAGUUUUCUAAGGCAGACUCCGAAGAAUAUCCUAACAGUGGAUAUGUGCGAAAGCCUGUACACCGUUUACGAUUGGCACGCUGUGAUUUUGGGCUCAAACCGAGAAGCAACCUUUUACCUGUGCGCAUCUCACCGGAAAUGUUACAGAUACGAAACGGCCUCCGGUAAAUGGGUACCAGUGUCUCCGAUAAACGAAUGCGGCCUGGAGCUGAGUCCGGAAACAUUAGUCUACGGUGAAAUAGUACCCGAAGUGAUCGGUACGUUCAGAGGUCAACGUAAAAUCAACGUUUUUCAUAUCAUCGAUGGAUACAUGUUGGGCGGAAAGAAUAUCAGCCAGUUGGAUUACACCGAACGAAUCAUCGAGUGUUCUGUGUAUGCGAAAGCUCUAACUCGACCUAGUCUAUUGAAAGUGAUGCCAAUCAGAAUGAAAACCGUGUUCGAUUUAGAACGAAUCGAAGAUGACGCGUUUUGCAAAAUGGACGAUAUAACGAUGAAAAACGGCCGAACGAGAUUAGCUGUUCCCGUGUACGAUGCUCAUAACGCCGAACAAUUCUUCCUUCCUAAGGGUAUAAUGUUUCUGAGAGCUACCAAAUUGCCAUAUAGACGAUUCUAUUCGACGACGAAUAACAUGAAGUAUUAUUGGGCGCCGAAACAGAAGGCGUUGUUUGAUAAAGAUCGACCGACGGAAUCUAUCGCAAGUUUUAAGGACAGUUAUUCUGGUGCGUUUACUUGGUACAUGAACGAGGAGGAGGACAGCAAGUUCAACCGCCAGGAAUUUGUCAAAGAACUCGUACACUACGUAAGGACGAAGAAAAAUUUUAAAAAAGACGAAAAAUGAACCGCGUUGAGAUAUUCUUUUUUAUUAAUUUUUAAUAUUUGUAGAUUUUAAGAUGCUGUUUUACCAUUAUUACCUUUGGUACCAUCGAUCGUUUUCUUCUUAUUGUUGUUGACUAAAAUUAGGUUAUUUUGAUGAUAUUUUUGUUAUUAUGAAUUUUUGUUACUUUUUUUUACCGUGUAA